CAGUCUGAAUGGGGGCCGUUUAAGAACCAACGGCUGCCUCUCAUUCGAUAGAAUAUCGGUCUAUAUUUGGGGCAACACCUUCGUAGCGGUUUUGCGAUUAUAGCUGAAACAAGUCGCUACCCGGAUAAUUCUCACUACCAAGGGUGAUCAAAAGCUCGGACAUCCUGCUUUACUUCUCAGAUGCUUCACAUCACAACCUCGAUAGAUCCGCCUUCUUCGCUCGCUUUUUGCCAGAUCGGAUCAUCCCCCUUUUUCUUAACUCGACACUUGUCCUGAACGUACAGUUGGAAUACAGUUGGGGUUAUUGUCAAAGAUGGAUAUGGAUGCUUCAGCCUCGACUGAGUCGCCUGACGACCAAGAUGACUUUCCCAUCCACUGCAAAGGAUGCGGCGAGGUAUGGUAUUGCUCAUGGGCUCCCCCUCCAUUUUCACUAUAUCAUGUUUUGAUUUUUGCUAAAAUAUCUUUUUCUAGAUUCUCGAGGAAGGAAAAGCCUUUGAACUCGGUAUGUGAAUUUUGAUCCCCUUUGUGCUUCAAGCGACCAACCUCAGCUAACCAUCUAUUAGCCGGAAACCGAUGGCAUAUUGACUGCUUCCGAUGCCAUACUUGCGGCGCUUACCUUGACUCCGACGUAAAUCUCCUCAUGGUCGGCGAUGGUUCUCUCGUGUGCCGAAACUGUGCUUAUAGCUGCAGCUCUUGCGGUUCCAAGAUUGACGACGUUGCCAUUGUAACCGGUGAACAAGCUUUUUGCGCUGGUUGCUUCAAAUGUCGCAAUUGCAAGAAAAAGAUCGAGAAUCUCCGUUACGCGCGGACCUCACAGGGUAUAUUCUGUAUGGAUUGCCAUGAAUCGUUAAUGUCGAGAAGGAGGAAACGGACUGCCCGAAAUGCUGCGCAACGGCAAAAGCCCCCGGCUCCCAGCAUGCAUCUAGACAAAUCACUUCCAUCACUUCCCGCUUCUAUGGUAGCGCCUGAAAAUAAUCCACCCCCACCGUCCUCUUCCGAUAUAUACUCCGAUUCAACAACAGAACAUCUUCCUCAGUCUAGACAAGAAGAUGACCGGGCAGCUAAAUCAUACUCUUCACACCAAGAUAAUAACCAACUCCUCCCCUCGAGUACGUAUAAUAGCAACCGUCAAUCGGUAGCUACCCACAGGUCAGAUGGCUCCGGCGGUGGUGAAGAGUUCCUUAUACCUGUUGCUUUUGACCCUACUCCUUCCGAGCAUGCGUCCCCACACUUGGGUUCUCCGCACUCAUCCAUGACCCUGAACGAUGGACAAAAGGAUUAUUUUGGCCGGGCACCCUCCAAUGCACUGGGAAUUUCAGCAGAUGGGCCACCCGUGUUAUCGCCGACGCAUAUUGCAUAUCAGGAUAAGCGCCAAAUGAACCCCAACCCACAGCAGUGGAUUCAGGCAACUGUUACUCCCCCUCAAUCUCAAACUACAAAUAAUGCUAUCCAAAGAACUGGCUCGCACAGUGCUCGAACUAGCAUGAACAUAGACAGCUCUAGGAUAUCGCAAGAGGGUUCAAGAGGCAAGGAUCAAGCCACUUUGGGUGGCAGCGCCCACCUCACACCAGGUGAAAGGUCAUCUAAUCGCCAUUCAGUCCCAGGAAAGGAUACCAUUAUCUCUCAAUCAUCCAGUUUCAACCCAAGGAAAAAGGUAUUAAAUGAGCAAUCCAACCCCGGAACAGUUUCUUCCUCAAAUCAGCUGCAGUACCCACCCAAGAGAGGGGACUCUCUAGAGAGCAAGCUACAUCAUAAUAUCCAAAGGAAAGAAAUACCACAGCCUUCACAGGACCAUGCGGAGAAGCCGGAGGGUACCGUUAGGUCCUCAACUAGUUCUGACUAUGCAUCGGUAGCUUCGAAAGCCGUUGAAACUACGCCGCCAAGCCACUUCAAUACCACCACCGGUGGUGCGGGUGCUGUAUCACCGUCCCAUACGAGGUCUGCAUCUGGAGGAGCGAGCGGAAAUGUUUUACCCCCGGACUCUCAGCGUCAAAAUCCAUCUGGUUCUUCUCCCGGCCUUCUACGUUAUAGUGCUGUUGGAGACUUCUCUCUAGAUGAAGAUAUGGCACGAAUUCUUGGGGAUGACCCGCAAGCUCAAGACUCAUUCCUACGUAAGGUGUCGAAUUCUGUUCGACACGGUAGAAGCUUCAGUGACAAAGGCUCACGGUUAUCCCGAGAUAGCAAAUGGCCUGCUAAAACUCCCCUCGAGGCAGGCAACUCUGGGAAUGAUAUUAGUAGCCCAACUUCUAGUGGACUUGACCCCAAAGAUGAACUAACGUGGCUCAAGAGCGAAUUGAAACGGGAACGCCAGAAGGUUAUUGAAAAGGAUCAGAAGAUUUUGGAAUUAGAGACCUCGCUUAAUGCUACUGUAAAUAUUAAGCAGGUCAAUACAGAGCUACGGGAGAAGAGAUCUACCGUGAUCUUCUUAGAUGCUCAAAAAGAGAUCAUCCUCCGGGAGCUGGAGGUAUGGAAGGAACACAUCGCAGCUGAGAAGAAAAAUAAUAAGCCGCUUGACCUGGGGAAGAUGAGCAAUUCGGUUCUUCGAGACCUGGCGGAAUCUCUGGAGAAUUUGAAAAAUACUUUUGCCCCGCAGAUCGAAGAAUUGAUUCAGAAACGCAAUGAUUUGGUCGAAGAAUUAUCUAAUUUAGGGAAGAUGAAAGACAAGAGUUUCCAGGAAUUCGAACAAUUGUCUCUGAAGAAUGCGCAGUUGGCAGAAUUAAACAACCAGCUGGUGCACCAAAUUCAGGAAUUAUACAAGGCGAACUCCAAUACAUCUGGUGGUAGCGUUCGACAACCUCCUCCAAAUGGCUUAGGAAUAUAUUCCCACCAAAAAGACAAACCAAGUACCUCAUUAGAAGCACGUUCUACCCCAUAUGAAGCGGUAGGCUCCAGCUCUAGCGUUACAGUGCCGGAAGAAGCCGAGCCGGCCACAGUCAUUCAAGGCCCCCAUGUUGUGAAUAUUCGCAAAGGACAACCCAAGAAAUUCACCUGGAAAAAGGGUCAGAACGUUGCAAAGGGAGUUACCAAGGGCCUUAAGGGGGCAUUUUUAUAUCAACGAGAGGGCCAACUUAACGAGAACUCUUCGUUUGUUUCCACCUCUCAACAAGAAAAUAACGGUUCCACAAUGCCACGCUCACAAACACAGGACCCAUCCAGGCAAGGGUUUGGAUUCUUUGGGAGCAAUCAGAAGACCAAGCCCACUCCAUGGAAGGGACAGUCCAACGGAAGUUCACCCGGUUUGGAUACUCCAACGAGUAAGCUCAUUUUGCGAUCUAUUUCUUACUGUCUGCUUUGUUUAGUAGAGCUAACAUUUGCUAGAUCUCUUUGGUGGCGAGCUGGAACAGCGCUUGGAAAUUGAGAAAGCUGUCAUACCUAGUAUUGUCACUCGUUGUAUCGAGGAAGUUGAACUUCGGGGUAGGGAUGCUUCGAUCUACCAACUAUUAAAAUAUUUGCUAAUCUGGGCUCUGCAGGAAUGGACGUUGAAGGAAUCUAUCGUAAAUCUGGAGGGAGUUCCCAAGUCCAGGCUAUCCGCGAAGGUUUCGAGCGUUCUCGCGACUACGAUAUAUCGGAUCCUGACCUCGAUAUUAAUGCCAUUACCUCCACCCUUAAACAGUAUUUCCGAAUGCUCCCGACUCCGCUCGUUACAUACCCUGUGUAUGAUAUCCUUAUCGAAGCAACAAAUGUGACGCCCGUCUCAGCGAGAAUUGAGAUAAUCCAACAGGCCCUUCAGGAACUUCCUCGCGUGCAUAGGGAUGUUUUAGAAUUCCUCGUUUUUCACUUGAAGCGUGUUGUUGAUCGCGAGAAGGAAAAUCUUAUGACUAGUCUCAACAUUGCUGUCGUUUUUGCACCUACCAUCUUGCGCCCCGAGAGCUUAAGUCGUGAAAUGACUGAUGUCCAGAAGAAGAAUGAAACGAUUCAGUUCAUGGUAGAGAACUGCCAGGACAUAUUCAUGGGCAUCGAAGAGUGAAAUGUUGCUAACACCGCAACUAGGCUAGAAUUGCGGACACAGCCAAGGUCAAGCUACAACCUCUGCUAACAGCCCUUUUCCUAUUUCUCUUGAUGGAUAAAACAAUUUCAGGAAGAAAAUUUGGAGGGGCUACUUUUGCAUUAUGCCUUCCUAUUGCCUGACAUAAUUUAUCUUUCCUCAUUUCGCAACUCCUUCCCGAUCCUCUCCAAACUUCUGGCUUGGCUGCUAAUUUGACAAUGGCUACAGCGUCUUACUGUCUCUUCCUCCGCUCUACACCGAUUACAUGUGGCACGCCAUUUUUCUAUUUCGCUUCUUCAAUUUCGCAAAUGGGAAAACAAAAGGGGGAAGAAGUACUGGAAUUGAAACACAACUUCGGAAAUCAUAGAAACUUUCUGCUGGCCCAGAUUGGAGUAUGAUUUUAUUUCCCUUUUCUUGCGUCCUCUAUUUAUCCCCCUCUUAAUGCCUUUUGCAGCUACGAUGAUUUUGCCACUCUUGCUUUUGUUCUUGUGUCAUUCCUUUUUUCCUUUCUUUUCUUUUCUU